AUGUUUCCUCACGCAAAAGUCCAAACCGAGCACUACGACGUCAUAGUUGUUGGGGGAGGCAAUGCCGCUUUGGCAGCAGCUUUGUCCGCUCACGAACAAGGCGCCAAUGUCUUGGUUCUUGAAGCUUCUCCAAAAGAAGAAAGAGGAGGCAACAGUAGUUUCGCAGGCACAGUCUUCAGAGUCCCUUAUAACGGCCUUAACGAUGUUAAAGAAUUGCUCGGCGAAGCAGCUCUGCCCGAUGCAGAUCUGGUCAACAUCGACGCAUACACCACGGAGAAGUACAAGAAGGACUUUGCGGCUGUCAGUCAUGGACGGAACGAUCCUGCCAUGACACAAGUGCUCCUCGAAAAUGCGUUCGAUGCAGUUCACUGGAUGAAAAAGAAGGGAGUUGAGUGGGAUCUGGCACUGCGGAAGUAUUAUGGUGUGGAUAACCUCAAACCUGGCGAGAAAGUCAGCAUGGAGUCUGGCGGAGUUCUCAUGGCUAAGGGGGGCGGUUACGACAGCCCAGCUCAAGAGUUGAUUGCAUCGGGAGACACAGUGCUGGGAGUGAGAAUCAGGCACAGAGACCAAUGGCUUGACAUCUAUGGAAACGUUGUCCUGGCAUCUGGAGGCUUCUCCGCGAAUCCAGCCAUGCGCCGACAGUAUCUUGGAGAAAGCUGGGAUCUGGUGCUGGUACGUGGAUCUCGUUUCAAUACCGGCACCAUGCUUCGUCGUGCGAUUGAUGCGGGUGCCGCACCAGUGGGUCAUUGGGGCGCCGCUCAUGCAUCGCCACAAGAUAUUAACGGACCACUUGUCGGCGACAUCAACGUAUCGCCCAUGAUGCCUCGCUACGCAUACCAAUUCGGUAUCACAGUCAAUGUGAACGGGGCGCGCUUCUUCGAUGAAGGCGAGGACUUCUUCGGUCGGACGUAUGCGAAGACUGGCAAGAAGAUCGCAGACCAGCCAGAAGCAAAAGCUUUCCAAUUGUAUGAUCAACGGGCGAUCAAGCUUGGACUUUUACCCAAGCGCUAUCAAACUGCAACUCCUAUCCAUGGCAACACGAUCAAGGAGCUGGCCACUGCAAUCGGUGUCAAUCCUGAUGAUCUGCAGAAGACGGUCGAUCAGUUCAACGCCACUUGUCCAAGUGACAAAGGAUACGACCCAUACCAGCUGGACGGACACGCGACAGACGCAACUGUCUCCCCACCAAAGUCAAAUUGGGCUGCGCCGCUUUCGCAGGGCCCCUUCGUUGCGUACGCCGUGACAUGCGGCAUCACUUUCACGUACGGAGGCAUUGCAACCGAUACCUCUGCACGCGUGUUGAACAACGAGGGACGCUUCAUGCCGGGGUUAUGGGCGAUUGGAGAGAUUGCAGGUGGUCUUUUCUAUCACAACUACCCUGGCGGUGCCGGUCUGACGAAGGGUACUGUGUUUGGUCGCAUUGCUGGACGCGAGGCAGCACCUUCAGAGGGUGAAGUGCAGCUGGCUUAG